CACCGGGAAUUUCCCAUUUCAGUUUGAGUCUUUUUAUUUCAACCGUAAAGUUUAAGACAGAGAACCAGCGACAUGACUUCAAAUUGACUCGUGAUCAGCUUUAACUAACGAGGACAGAGAAUGUGAAGAAAAUAUCGCGAGUGUCUAUUUUUUUGUUCAAAUCAGGAUGGUGUUUUGUCAUGGGAAAUAUAAUACUUUGGUGCAUUCUCUGUUGGAUUUAUUUGGAUAUAACGUACGUCCCGUAUGCUUGGAGUUGUAGGCUGAAGAGUUGUGUUUCUUGUCUUUCUUGUCGAUUCUAUCCACUGGCCAAGACAUCACAAGCUGUUUGACGUAGCUUGACACUUUCAUCUUGACCCACACGCACACUGGAAACAAUUGACCUCGCGCUUCCUGAAACAAACUCUCCCCUUUCUCUUUUUCUUGUUUAAUUUAAAUAUUUUUUUAUCCCCCCCCCCUCUGUCAGAUCCUCUCACUUCCUUUCUGACCCAUCUCAUUUAAAUCCCCCCUUCCCCUUUUGUAUUGAGCCAGAGACUUGACAAUGGCAAGUCAACUUUCCCCUGACCCGUCCAACAUGGACCCUGGUAUGCCAGUUAGAGACCAUGGAUCGUAUGCAUCGUUUCACGCACCCAGUAUUACAGACAUUCAAGACCACCGUAAGCAAGAUACUGUCUACAUCGGCCUUCAUCUCCCUCGACAAGAACGAAGACGACACCAUCGCAAGCAUAAACACAGACGUGAGAACGACUCAUCGCGUGCUGCCAAUGCAAACAACCAACAGUUUACAGCAGAAGGCCCAGCUCGGGGAGAAAGUGAAGGAGCUGCCCCUCCAUCGCAGCGUGUCCAGUUCUUGUUAGGAGAAGAGGAAGAUGAAGACCACAGAGCUCAUGAUAUAUUCUGUGAGAUGGCCGAGCUCUUUCCGGCCGGGGAUGAAAAAGAGUGGAAAGAGACUGCUAGGUGGAUCAAAUUUGAAGAGGACGUGGAGGAAGGUGGUGAGAGGUGGUCCAAACCACAUGUGGCCACACUGUCCCUGCACUCUAUGUUUGAGUUGAGAUGCAGCCUUCUCCAGGGAACUUGCAUGCUUGAAAUGGAAGCUAACACCAUAGAACAGAUAGCUGAUCUAAUGUUAGACAACAUGAUAGCCUCAAAGCAAUUAGAGGAACACCUGCGGGAUCAGGUCAGGACCACCAUAUUGUGCAGGCACAGACAUCAGAAUGAAAAGAGGCGUCAGACUAAAGAUGAGGGUGGGAGCAGAAUGCAUCUUCCAUUUGUCCGAUCCCUGGCUGAUAUUGGAAAAAAAUAUUCCGAGCCCAAGACAUUGUUAACUCUAGGAGACGAUGCCAACUUUGGAGCCAAGAGCACACCUAACAUCCAGGGGAUGGGCUCAGGUAAAAAUGGAAGUAAAGACGAGGAUAAGGUCGAGAAAGGGUUAAGUGUGAACAGCUCCUUUGCAACCACACUGCCCAGCACUGGGGAGCUAUCAGAGACAGCCUCUCAUAAAGAAAGAAGUCUUGCGACUGUUCCGUCCAUGAGGAAUCUACACUUCAUGAAGAAGAUUCCCCCCGGUGCUGAAGCUGCCAAUAUCUUUGUUGGUGAAGUGGACUACCUAAAUCACCAGAUAGUUGCAUUUAUUCGUCUGACCAAGGCCCAGGUUAUUGGCGACCUCACAGAAGUUCCAGUGCCCACUCGUUUUGUUUUCUUAUUGCUGGGGCCCAUAGGAAAUCAAAAUAAAUUUCAUGAGAUAGGUCGCUCCAUUGCAACCUUGAUGUCUGAUGAGAUCUUUCAUGAUGUAGCUUACCAUGCACACAACAGAGAAGACUUGUUAGCUGGCAUUGAUGAAUUCUUAGAUCAGGUGACAGUGCUUCCCCCUGGAGAGUGGGACCCAUCUAUACGUAUUGAACCGCCAAAGUCUGUACCCUCUCAGGAGGGAAGGAAAACUGCAUCUUCUGGUCCACCUCAACCAAAUGGCAAGCCAGUCUUUGAGGAUGAAAUUGAGGAUCAUGCUGACCCAACACUGGUCAGGACUGGAAGGUUAUUUGGCGGUUUGAUCAAUGAUGUGAAGAGAAAGCUGCCCUGGUAUCCUAGUGACUUCAAAGAUGCUCUCUCUGUUCUCUCUGUGCAGGCUGUGGCCUCUUUUGUGUUCUUGUACUUUGCAUGUCUUACACCCAUCAUAACAUUUGGAGGACUGCUGGGAGAUGCUACAGACAUGAACAUGGCUGCUUUGGAAUCCAUUCUAUCAGGUGCUAUAUGUGGUAUUAUCUAUGCUUUAUUCUCUGGUCAGCCAUUGACCAUCAUUGGCAGUACUGGACCUGUCCUAGUCUUUGAGACAAUCUUGAAUCAUUUUUGCAAUGACAAUGAAUUGAACUACUUGGAGAUGAGGCUGUGGAUUGGGAUAUGGACUUCUACUGCACUCUAUAUUAUGGUGGCCUUUGACCUCAGUGCUCUGGUGCGCUUCAUUACUCGCUUCACCGAGGAGAGUUUUGCUGCCCUCAUUUCACUGAUAUUUAUUGUUGAGUCACUGCAAAAAUUAAUUAAAAUAGCUUCUGAUUCUCCGGUCAAUUUAAAUCCUAACUCUGUCCCUGACUACAACUGUACCUGCUAUAUGAACCGCACAGUGCUCUCCCCUUACAUUAACGAAUCACUGAUCUCCAACGCUACAGCCUUGACCUACAUCAAUAUCACAGAGGAGGUUGAUGCCUCCAACAAAACAAUACGGGACAUGUGCAAUGAGGAGAAGUACCUGCUGCUGGGGCCAGGGUGCAAAACUCCUUUCUAUGUUCCAGACGUGUUCUUCUUCUCCUGUUUGCUGUUCAUUGGGACGUUCACUCUAGCGCUGUCUCUGAAAAUGUCAAGGAAUGCUUCUUUCUUUCCUACCACAGUCAGAGGUCUGAUGAGUGACUUUGCUGUUCUUAUUGCCAUCUUGAGUAUGGUUCUCUUAGACUUUCUGAUUGGCAUCAAUACACCCAAACUCCAUGUACCAGAAAAAUUUGCUCCAACAAAUCCCAAGCGUCAAUGGUUUAUCAAUCCUUUUGGCUAUAAUCCUUGGUGGACUGCCAUAGCUGCUAUCAUCCCAGCCAUGUUGGUGACUAUCUUGAUAUUCAUGGACCAGCAAAUCACAGCAGUUAUAGUCAACAGGAAAGAGAACAAGUUAAAAAAAGGAGGAGGCUACCACCUCGACUUGUUUGUCAUCUCCACUCUGAUAGUUAUCUGCUCUUUCAUUGGCCUGCCUUGGUUUGUGGCUGCCACAGUCUUGUCCAUCAACCAUGUGAACAGUUUAAAGAAAGAAUCUCAGUGCUCUGCUCCUGGAGAAAGUGCAAAGUUCUUGGGAGUAAGAGAACAAAGAGUUACUGGCACUUUGAUAUUUUUGUUCAUUGGAGUUUCUGUGUUUUUAACUUCUGUUCUCAAGUUUAUUCCUAUGCCAGUUUUAUUCGGUGUCUUCCUAUACAUGGGUGUGUCCUCUCUCAGGGGCAUGCAAUUUGUUGACCGCAUCUUGAUCCUCCUCAUGCCUCCAAAGUAUCAACCUGACCUCUUGUAUCUCCGCCACGUCAAGACAAACCGUGUGCACAUUUUCACUGCCAUCCAAGUGAUAUGUUUAAGUAUUCUGUGGGCCAUCAAGUCUAUCAAGGUGAUCUCUAUAGCUUUCCCAGUCAUGGUUCUAGCUAUGUGUUUUGUGCGUAAGGGUAUGGACAAAAUCUUCACUCAACAAGAACUCAAGUGGUUGGAUGACAUUAUGCCAGAAACACAUAAGAGGGAGAAAGAGGAUCAAGAGAUGAAACUUGAGGAGCAAAGACGAUCUCUUAUUGAAGACUCAACUGCUAUACCCUUGGCAGCUCUGGGCUUUGGUGAAAUAUCUAGUGAAAACUGGACAGUUAAAGCUGAUGUUGAUGUGUUGAAUAUAUCAGAAGAGAUGUCUAAGACAGCCAUGUGGAAAUCCAUUAUGUCCAAUGAAUCCUCUUCCAAUCUGGCCAAUCAGACUAAAGAAGAGAAUGGACAUAGGAGUAGUUCUAAAAACAAUCCUUAUUUAUUGUACAAUGCUAGAAAGCAGAAGAAACACAGUUCUAAGAGGAAUGGAAGCAAGCCUCUGUUGGGUGGUGUCAAAGAAGAGACGGAGGAGCAUGGAGCAGCUGCGCUAACUUCCUCUCCAUCCAAGAAAAAAAUGCCCGUCAAGUUUUAUAUCGAUGACCAUGAAGACCACGAGGAGAGAGACCAGCUGAUCAAACCACCAGAAAUAGUAGUGGACCCACCCAGUGAUGUCCAUGCCAGAACACCCGACAGAGACUCAGGGGAAGGCGAUGCACAAUGCUAGUUGUGUGUAGUGAUGGAUAGAGGCCCUUUGUUUGUGUGAUACAUUCAUUAUAGUCAUCUUAAAUUAUUGCAUUCACUUUUUAAUGUUGUCUUUUUGUUCACUUUCACAAUUGGUGUCAACACCAAAAGGGAAAAUGCAACUCUCAGAUUUCAUCAUCAAGAUGUAAAAGGGAGAUAUUGGAUUGUAUCUUUGUUCAUUUGAAAAUAGUUUGUAUUCAAGUUGUGAAGAUGAAGAAUAAACCAAGCAUAGACUUUAUGUCAAUAAUGAUCUUGAUUGAAAAUUGGUACUAAUUUAAAAUAAUAAUUUUAAAUGUAUUUACUUAGACUUAGAGCCAAGAUGUAUAGGUCUUUCUAUGUGCAAACAAAUAUAAUACAAAUAUAAAACCUGAAGCUAGACUAUAUAUAAACCUUAAAAUAACGUAUCAAAUAAGUAAACUUUAAUUUCAAAUACUGAAUGUAACAUUUUUUAGUGAGAAAUGUGUUUUACUUUCAAAGUCAAAGCUUUGCAUUAGAGUUGUAGGAAUACAGCCUUUAAAUAUUUGUUUUUUGUUAACAUUGUGUUUUUUUUUUAAUUACUGUUACUCUUUUUGUGUGUGAAAAUAACUAUGAACUAAUCAAAAAAGAAGUGUAUUUUUUAAAUUUCUUUUGAAACUCUUUAAAGAUUGCCUUUUUAAAACAUUCUUUCAUUAUAAGAUUAUCUUAUUUGUUUUAAUGAAGCUUUGACCAAAAUAUCUUCCCUAAUAGUCUUGAUGACUGGAAUUUUAAAUUCUACCUUCUUUGUGUGGGCCUAUGCACCUUGAUAGUGUCACUUCAAAACUGUAUUAUAUAAGAAGAAGAAGAGUUGACUUUUUGAAUGUGAUUUUUUAAAAAAAAAUACAAAUCUUGUUAUUUCUUUGAUUAAACUCAGUGUUGAUUGCAAACUUGAUAAUCAAGUUUUUAGCUUGUAAAAUUGAUGUCUUAUUGUAAACUUGUUUAUGUUAUUUUCUGAAGUUACUGAGCUAGUGAUAAUAUCAGCCUACCUCUAACAGAAGGCUUCAGUUAUUGGUUUGCCUUCAAAUAUACUAAAUCUGUUUUAAAAAUAUUGAAGUAGAUUGCAGUGUGAAAUAAAAACACAAGGAAAAGUCAAAAUGUACACAAACAAAUUAUAUUGAAGAUUUUUUAGUACUUCCUAAUGUUUUUAAUAGAUUUACCCGCAAGAAUUUUAUAAGAGCACAUGUAGACCUACUAUCAUUAUUUCAUUUAUUUUAGUUUAACCAAUCAACUCAAUUAAUAUUUAGUUGUUUUCAAGGAAAGUCUUUUUUUUUUAAAUAUUUUAAAAAAUAUUUCCAAUUUUCUUUUUUUUUAUAUUAUUCUCAUAAUAAUAAUUGAAUCUUUUUUUUUUAUUGCAUUUUUAAUAGAAAAUUAAAUUACAUGUUUAAACUUUGUGACAAAAAAAAAACAAGACAUUGUGCAUCUUUCAUCUUAAGCCAAUAUGAAUAUAUGAAUGAAAAAUGUUUUCCCAGUGUUCAUAAUGUGGCAGAAUAAUUACAUUGAAACUUUGUAUUACUUGACUAGAUCUAUUUCAACCAAAACUGAAAAGUGGAAGUCAUAUAAUUUCCCAAGUGUAAGUUCCAUUUUGUGUGUGAAAUCACACCAAAUUACUUUGUUAUGAUUUCUGAGUAUAUAACAAACUUGUUUGUUCCUAUGGGUGAUCGUUUCUUGUGUAAAAUAUUUUAUCUAUAUGUAUCUUGUUACUAAGCAUUAUUUUCAAUGAUUAUAUUUCUUGUGGGAUUUGGUUUGAAAGGACUGGUGCAAAUCUUUGGUCUAUAGUGUAGUGAGCUAGAGGAUACUCACAUGACUAGGCUAGAUGACACUUGCAUUCAACUUGUAUUCACCAUUUUUAUGAACUGACUCAACAGUUAUUCUCAUAUCAAGAUUGAUUCAUAUUUUAUUACGCCAAAACAAUUUUCUCAUUUCUCAAGCAUUUCACGUGUGGCCACAGUUUGUUUAAAAAAAACUACCACUGGCAACCUAGUCACAUCUCUUGCAACACCCACCCCUUGCUGAACACUUAUGUAUUAAGACAGUCGCUAUAUCAUCAUGAUAUCCACAGAUGUGUGUCAGUUGUAUGUGUCUCUUAGUUCACACAAAAGUUGUGUACUGUCAUCUCACCCAGACUAUUUAUUUAUUCAUUUUAAGCUUGUGAGUUUUGUAAGCAUUUGUGGUUUUAUAGUUAUGUGAAUAACAUUGUGAUAGUAGUGCGUUAUUUGAUUGUUACUUAUAAACAAGAGUCAUUUCUCUUAUUUAGCAAACAAACAGCACAAAACUUGUAGUCAUACAAAUGUUCUCAUGUUUGUCAACUAUUAGAUGAAUUGUUCAGAUGGUUAAACAGAAAUGUUCUAUUCUAAUAUGUGCAUGAGAGAGACUAAAAGCUUUAAAAAGUAACUUAUUUCUUUGGCAUAUCAUUGUAACCCACAUAGUCCUUGUAAUAUAACACUACUCUGUCAUCAGACAUUUCUUCUACAUGGCUGUAAUGUAAACAAAAACAGCUGUUUAUUUUGGUUGUAUUUCAGUUUUGUUUUUUUAAAUGUGUGUACUGUUAGUCUUAAUAUUUAUAGAACAGUUUUUUUUUUUAGUUUUAGAUUUUAGAGUAUUGAAAAUAAUAUUUGUCAUUGUGUGUAUUAAUAUUCAAACCAUGACCAAUAACACUUGGAUGCAACUCAUACACACACACACCCACACAUGCAUGCUUGCAUACACACACUUUGAACAUUGAAAUCCAGAUUUGAUUCUAUUUGAUUGUUCUUGUAAAUAAUUGAAAAUAAAAUAUCUAUCAAAAUGUUUGUGUCAUAUGUAUGCCAUAAAUAGUAUGCUGUUGAAUAGGUUUUUCCCCCAAGAUAAAAUUGGACUAGAUUUUUUGUUAUCUUGAUAUCUAUAAUUCCUGGAUAAAUAGCCACCUAUCCUAAAAUAAAUUUCAAUAUUAUUAAAGAAUUUGUAUUAAAUAAAUAGCAACAUAAUGUUUCAAUCACUUUGGAAAACAAGCAAUAAAUUAAUUUACUUGAGGAACUAAUGAGGAAGAAACAAUGAUGAGACAUAGUUUACAUUUAAUAUAACAUCAAAGGUUAAAUAACUAAUCUUAUCUUAUAUAAUACAGAUAUGAUCCAUGAUUGGGGGGAGGUGUCUUUGGCAGACCUGGAUAAAAAUAGUUCUAAAGGAAGAAAAAAACAUAUAUACUUGGACUAGAACUUGUUGACUGUUUCACUUGGACUCAAAUGUGUGAUGGUUGAAUAUUUCAUUCAAAUCAUAAUCUUUCUUCAUGUAGACAGAAACUGUUUAUAUUUAUGGCUAAUUUGCAGGUCAGAGGUUAUCAGAGCCAAAUUUUUUUAUAAACAACUUUUGAGGGGACAUGUCAUAAAAAAAAACAACUUAAAAAUCUCUUACAAUUUUUUUUACUUCAAGUAGAAAGACUUCUCUUCAAUUAGCAGAGUAAUUUUGAUGCUAGAUGUUUAACCCAACUAUUCAAUAAAACUUUGUAACAAAAAAAAGUGUGUUUUGUAAAAGCACUUAAAAGAAAAUUAUUUCACAGUUUCAAAGAUUAUACCAUACUUUAAUAAGAGUUUAAAUGCUUUGUGAUAUUUUGGUCAAUAUAAUAGUAAAAGAGAGGAAUGGAGAAAGAUGGUUGACAGAUCCUGUGUGGUGCCCCAAUGGUUCAAUAGACUAAGGGUUAGGUAAAUAGCUACACCUUUUCGAAAGAUUCAAAAUCUCGCUCAUGUGUUAAGACAACAAGAUAUUUUGUGUUAAUUUUUGAACUUUUUUUGUUUAUAAAUUUCUUAAAACAAAACUAAAGCUAACACUUGCAUAUCUUAAUGCAGUGUUUCACAAGUUGAAAUCCACAGUGAUAGGCAGAAGGUAGUGUUGUGAGUAGAAAAAAAUGUCUUUAAUUCUGAUUUAAUUUCUUUCUUUCUUGUAGAACUUUAUGAAUUGAAUGCAUAGAUUUAUGUGUAUGGUGACAGUCACUGAUAUAUAUAUAUAUAUAUAUAUAUAUAUAUAUAUAUAUGAAGUAACAUAAUGCUGAUAACAUUUGAAAAGAUGUUUCUUUUGUAAAUAAUGUUUGUGGUAGACUCAUUCUUAAACAUUGAAUUCUAUUGUCUUAUUUAACUGUAAAAGUUAUUUUUGUAUACAGAGAACUUUUAAAUCAGAAAAGGUAUAACUUUAUUAGCAUGUUCUGUAUUCUCAAAUGAGUAAAAAUAAAGAUAUUUCAUAUUUUGAGAUAAUCUAGUUGAGAAUUGGCCUCGAGAAUGUUUGGAAACACUGACCUAGAAAAGUGUCAUUUAUAAACUAAUUUAUUAGUUGAGAACCGGAAUUCCAAAAAUAAGUCAAUAACUAAUUCAACCAAUUAAACUUAUAGUAAUUAAAUUAUAUGAGAUGAAAGUCAUACAAGACAUACACAUUUUUUUAUAUCACUAAAUUAUUAAAUGAUAAUUUAUUUUUACUAUGUUUACAAAAUAUUUCUUCAGCAUUCUUUCAUGUGUUUAUAAUAUUGUAACUAAUUUGGUUCUAAAAAAGAAAGGCCCAAAAAAACAGUAUUUCCAUCUUCGUAUAGUAAGUUAACCUAAGUAUUGAAGGAAAACACCAUAAUAAAGUGUGAAGAUAAACACUAAGGUUUUAUUUAGACAUUAGCCAGUGGUAGAAAUGCUUUUCAACAGAUUUUACAGUUAGAACUUCCUUGUCCUAAUGCUAUUGUAUUUCUUUUUUUACAGUUUAGACAAGAGGUGAUAGAAGUAGCACAGAGUCAUGUUCUUUUUCUUUGUUUUGUUUUGCAAUACUGAAUUUAGAGAGAAAAAUAAAAUACAAAAAAAAAAGUG